AUUGAACACCCCAUGCUCCAAUGAUGGCUGAUCAGAGUGAAAAGAAGGAGGUAGAGGGGGCAGCAAAUGAAGAAACGACAGGGAAAAAGAUGAAGAAUGGGAAAGAAGACAAACUAUGCCUUGUUUGUGGUGAUCGGGCUUUGGGAUGUAACUUUGAUGCUAUUUCAUGUGAAUCUUGUAAAGCAUUUUUUAGGAGAAAUGCUUUGAAAGAAAAGGUUGCUCGUUGUUUGUUUGAGUCAAAAUGUGUGAUAGAUGUCAGGACACGGAGGUUCUGCUCGUAUUGCAGACUACAGAAGUGUUUCACAGCAGGCAUGAAGAAAGACUUCAUUCUAGAUGAGAAAGAAAAAAGAAAAAGACGAGAAAAGGUAUUGGAAAAUCGAAACAAAAAAAUAAAAACUGACCCUGAGAUGUUAGAGCCAUCUGAGUCAUCUUCGAACAACAACAGUGGGAUACAAGCUCAACUGAAUGAGCCAAACAGUCCAUUAUUAUCACCUGGGAGUUUAGAUGGGGACCAGUAUCCCCCUCAGUCCACUACAGCUCCUGUUUACAGUAGUAGUGAUCUUCAGUCACCAGUCUCCAUACAGGCCCCACCCUCCACUACAACUGACACCCCCAGCAUCACCCCUGUUAAAACAACCCCUUUGAAAGUGGUAUCUUGCGAUAGAGAUAGAGAUAAAAUACAAAGCAUAUCAAGUCCAAGUAGCCCUGAGAGUGGGAAAGAGUUGAAGGAGGUGAUGUCUGCCCAGAAUAUGGCAGCACUGGCAGCAGCGCAAUCCCAGAAUGCAGCAGCUUCAGGACUGUUUAGUGGUUUGAACUUUCAAGCUAGUUUUGCAGCAAUAUCGGGUGCAAGUCCUACGCUUGGAUCAUCUGGUGUAGAGGUCCAACUACCAAAAUUAAAUCUUGCACAAAGUUUGAAUGCACCCCGGCAGAAGCGCUCGAUGGUAGAUUGGACCAAUCAAACACGCCAGUUGACAACAGCAGAGACCGCCAUAUUGAUAGAACUAGAAACAAUUUAUGAAGCAACAAUUUCUCCAUUUGCGGCUGAUUCACCAAUCACAGUUGAGGAUAGUCUCACUAUUAAUAAUCUUGUCAAUGUAUGUGAUAACACAGUCCGGAGACUUAUCAAAUUCGCCAAACGUUUCGAUGACUUUGUCCGUUUGAAUCAGGACACACAGAUAAAACUUUUAAAGGGAGCAGUGUUGAAUGCAUUAUUAUUACGGUCUGUAUCUGCGUAUGAUCCUGACAGAGACGUGUGGUUGACCCCUAGUGGGGAGGUCCCUACAGCCAUCUUGAAGGCUGCCACUAGUUAUUACAAACUACAUGAUGAACACGUCGCAUAUUGCAAAUCAAUGAAAGAACUUCUUCAAGACGAUGUUCGUAUUAUUAUCAUUCUUCUGGUCAUAUCUUUAUUUUCUCCCGAGUGUCCAUUUGUGAGUUGUCGGGAGGAGGUAUCAAACAUUCAGGAUCGCUAUGUUGUGUUAUUGAAACAUUACUUGGAGGCAAACUACUCAUACCAGCAUGCAAAGUGUAUGUUCCCACAGGUACUGUUAAAGCUGGGAGAGUUGAAGCAGCUAGGGGAGAGACAUGCUAAGGUUCUACUGGAGGUAGAUCCUAAAGAAAUUGAGCCUUUAAUGCUAGAAAUCUUUGAUUUGAAAUGAUAGCCUGUUUAAGAUAUCAUGUGUAGCUAUCCCACCAAGUGAAGUUUGAGUAGGGAUACAGAAGUUCUAAGGAAGUGAUUUAUUUGUCCAUCUGUCAGUUUGGCAAUAACUCAAAUAGCAAUUGUCUGAUUUUGCUCUAUUUUUGGGUCUACAUGUCCAAUUUGGAUUAUAUUUCAUAGGAAUAUUUUUUUCAAAGGAGACGUUUCUAUUGUUUGUAAAUCUUAACAAAUUUUCCAUUUUAGGUUGGCAGGUCUGUUGGUGGGAUUUGUUCCUACUUUAUAGUAGGAUCUUUACGAACCAGUUGAAGUAUCAAUUGUUGAUGUUAGGGUUCAAUACAAAUUAACUUUGCCUUUAGUCAAACAUAGAUGUUUUGUAGGAGGAGGAGCAGAGGAGCCCUUAUUUUGAAACAGAAAUGAUAUGUUUUUGGAUUUGCUUAUUGCUAUAGUAACUUUUAAUAGCACUAGCCUAUGUCAGAAUAUCUACAAUUCAGUGAAUAAUAAUAAUAAUUUCAAUAAUUUCCUUGACCCUAUGUGUUUGACUGUUUACAGUGAUCGCCCCAGUAUAAGAGCUAGCUGGGUGCUGCACCCUAUUGUACAGUAUGCUAACCUAUUUGAAAUUUAAAUACCAAAGGGUUCAGAGAAUACAUUUUGCUCAUUUAGAUAAUUCAAUCAGUGGGAAGGCAACCAGAUCUGCACUUAUCAUUCUUUUCUUUUGGAAUCAAACAGAAAUAAACCUUUCCAAUCAACACUGACAGUCUUUUACUACACCAGCGAGGAUAUAUUGGGCAGAUUCAAAAUAUUUACAAACAAUAUUCCAAGGGCUUGUUAAUAUUAGCAAUAAGUUAACUAGGAAAUCCAAAAUAAUCCUGUUUCAUAUGAGAAGAUGUCAGGGUUCACUGAAAAGGUCCAUUGGAUGGAAAGUUAAAUAGUUAAAUAAUUGUCAUUAACAAGUUUUCCUAUGCCUUAUAUACAGAAUACAGUAGAAUACAUUGUGAAUACACUCAUAGCUAUUCUGUAAAAAAUAUGCAAGCCCACAUGCUGUAAUCCGCCCCGACCACUACAUAACAUAUUCCUUCUUAUAACAUGUAUAAGUGUAUUAUGCACUCUCAAAAUAGAUAAAAAAUUACAGUAUUUGUCUUUA